CCAUCCAUCGUUCCAUCCAUCCGUCGUUCCAUCCAUCCAUCGUUCCAUCCAUCCAUCGUUCCAUCCAUCCAUCGUUCCAUCCAUCCAUCGUUCCAGCCAUCCAUCGUUCGUUCCUUCCAUCCAUCCAUCGUUCCAUCCAUCCAUCGUUCCAUCCAUCCAUCCAUCCAUCCAUCGUUCCAUCCAUCCAUCAUCCAUCCAUCCAUCGUUCCUUCCAUCCAUCCAUCCAUCCAUCCAUCGUUCCAUCCAUCCAUCCAUCCAUCCAUCGUUCCAUCCAUCCAUCCAUCCAUCAUUCCAUCCAUCCAUCCAUCCAUCCAUCGUUCCAUCCAUCCAUCAUCCAUCCAUCCAUCGUUCCUUCCAUCCAUCCACCCAUCCAUCCAUCGUUCCAUCCAUCCAUCCAUCGUUCCAUCCAUCCAUCCAUCGUUCCAUCCAUUCAUCCAUCCAUCAUUCCAUCCAUCCAUCCAUCCAUCCAUCGUUCCAUCCAUCCAUCCAUCCAUCGUUCGUUCCUUCCAUCCAUCCAUACAUCCAUCGUUCCAUCCAUCCAUCCAUCCAUCGUUCCAUCCAUCCAUCCAUCCAUCGUUCGUUCCUUCCAUCCAUCCAUCGUUCCAUCCAUCCAUCCAUCGUUCCAUCCAUCCAUCCAUCGUUCCAUCCAUCCAUCGAUCCAUCGUUCCAUCCAUCCAUCGUUCCAUC